UUGAUGUGCCUGUGCCUCGGUGGGUGCAAAAAAGAAAGUGUAGAGAAAUUUUCGUUGCACCCAGAAUGUUGUUUAUUUAUCCAGCGCAGUCCCACUCCCCCUCAAACGAAUUAAAAGUUCGUCCGUUGCGAGUUCCCCAAUGGAUUAUGUUUUUUCUUUAAUUUUUAGCGAAAUGUUGGGUGCAUUAAAAAAGCGCGCCAUUAUUUUAGUGCUAUGACGUAGCCGUCGGGGCCACGAAACCAAGUGUAAUUUUUUUUUCGCAAUUGUUUAUAUGGCGUGCAUAAUAUGCCUGCACUGUGUGCAGGUGUGCGUUUGUGAGCCAGCGAGUGUGUGUGUGUGCGAGUGCAGCAAAUUAUUUUGUAUAUUUUUUAUUCUGCUUGUGGCGGUGCGCAUACGCUUGGUACACGCUCGUCAAAACAUAUACACAUAACCCAGGCAGAAAAUCUCUAUUCUUUUGCAAUUUGUUUUGAUUUCUCGUUCGUGAGAGAGCGCUUUUACUCGCUCUCUUUGUCUCUCUCGCCCAUGCGCGCCGCCUCUCUUUUUGUUGUUUCAAAUAUGUGGGCGGCAAAUAUAAAGUUUUCUUUGAAAAAGGCUGUAUUCUGUUUUUUGGGAUAUUCAGACUUUAUUAAAAUAUUAAAUUUACUAGUCGCCCCACGACCCCCGCACAUUGUUUCUUACGACUCUUGCGCGCCCCCGAUCUCGCUCCGCUGAGUGUCUGUUGCCGACUAACGGCAGUUAUAGCUCUCUGGUGGUGGUUUCUUCGAUUCCGAUUCCGAAGCGCGCUCACUUCAUUAUCUGCUGCGAUGGCAAUGCUUAGUUGGCCUUUUUUCCCGCUAGAACUGGAUUUUAGUCACCCGCGUUUCAUUUCAAUGGUUUCUAUUAGAGCCCUGCACGAGUGGAGUCUUAAGACCCUUUGACUCACGUUUAAAAAAAUAGGUUCGAGUAGAUCAUGUUAAAAAUAAAUAACAGUUAACAUGAUCUACUUGAUAUGGUCUAAAACGGGAAAAGCUCAUGGGGACUCACGACUAAAAGGGCCCAAAGAAUAGUUCAGCAUUUAAAAACUUACUUCGGAAAAUUGACACGAUUCUCACAAAAGUGCCCCAUAUGUCCUGUUGGGAUUAACUAAAGUAAUCCUGAAUCCGAUUUAAGCUUACCACAAAUAAUUUUUUUAACGUUCUGUUAAAAGUCAAAAGUAAUAAGGAUAAUCAUAUUAUAUGCUUUACUUAAUAGUAAUAAAAUAAUUCGCCAAAAAUAAAUAUUGGCUAUUUCAAAAAAUUCCUAAUUUGCCAUCUCUGAAAAUUGAUUAUCGUUUCUUUUCGCUGUCUCGCUUUUCCCCCCACCCCUUUUCCAACAAAUCAGCCGCUCUUCUCUCGCUCUCCUUACCUCUCCAAUUGUAAACAUUUGUUAUUGUUUACCUCGCUCUUGCAGAAAUAAUCCCGCAGCAUGGCAGCUAACAACAACAAUAGCAACAUACACAACCUGGUCGCUGGCACGGGGACGGGAGGCAUGCCCUCGUCCGUGAUUGCGUCGACGGGAACUCCGGGAAUGGGAUCCUCGCCGGCGCCCGUGGCCUCCAGUUCCUCAUCCUCGUCAGCCUCCUCCGCCGCGCAGAGUGCUUGGGAUCAGCUGACGGCGAGUGCCUCCAACAACAUGUCACCCUCACCCACGGCAGGUGCUCCCACAGUCACUGGACCCAUUUUACCGGACAACCUGGGGAGCGGGGCAGGUAGUUCACCGGUGGCCAGCUGCUCCUCCCCAUCAACGCCCACGAAGUCACAUGGACCCUCGCCGUUGGAGAGCAUGGCCCAUACGCCACAGGGUCCUCCAACUCUGGGACCUGGUGGUUAUGGCGAGGAACUCACUGCCGAGCUGGUGAACCAAGGAUGGCGCAAGUUCUGGUCCAAGCGAGAAAACCGCCCAUACUACUGGAACAAGGUAACCGGCGAAUCGCUGUGGGAGAUGCCCGGCACGAGACCAUUCGAUCCGCUCACCGAUCCCUUGGGCAUCUGCCAUGCGGGCGGUCCCACGCCCAUGACCCCCAAUAUGCACCAGCAGCAACAGCAUCACCAUCAUCACCUGAAGCGUCGGCCGUCGGACGACAUGCACAUCCAUCCCAAUCAGCAGCAUCAUGUCGGCGGGGGGCCGCCGAUGAAGAAGUUCGUUCUUGCAGGACCCUGGGAUCUGGAGGUGUGCACUAAUGCGGUGAUUGUGGAACGACCGCCGACUCUCCUGCCACAACCACAUCCCGAAGUGGAGGCUCUACGGGCGGCCUUUAGCAUGAAGUUACUGAAAACCUACGAGGAUCUGUGCAUGCGCAGGGAGAAUAUUAAGGCACCCAGAGAUUCCUUUAAUCGCUGGCUAAUGGAACGCAAGGUCAUUGACACCGGCUGCGAUCCGUUGCUGCCCAGUAACUGCCUGCCGGAGAUCUCUAGCUCCAUGUACCGCGAGAUCAUGUCGGAUAUACCCAUUAAGAUUGUCAAACCCAAGUUCACGGGAGAUGCCAGGAAGCAGCUUUCCCGCUAUGCAGAGGCAGCCAAACAGAUUAUAGAAUCCCGAUCGGCGCCGGCUGAAUCCAAGAAGGUGGUCAAGUGGAAUGUGGAGGACACGUUCCAGUGGCUAAGACGGACUGUGGGUGCCAGCUACGAGGAUUUCCAGGAUCGUCUAGCCCAUUUGAAGCGGCAGUGUGAGCCCCACUUGGUGGAGACUGUCAAGAGUUCGGUGGAAACCCUGUGCGUUAAGAUCUAUCAUUUGUCGGCGGAUCAUGCCCGCAAGAUCCGGGAGCGCCAUUUGCAACUUCUGAAGGAGCACGGAAUCCCUGAACCAACACCUCCGCCGCCACCGCCGCAUCUGAAGAAAGUGUGGUGCUAUCCCAUACAGUUUGCCGUCCCAUCGCCACGGAUGCCAACGAUCGAGUAUUUGCAGGAUCGCGACCACAUGAUCAUUAAGUACACGCCCGCCACGAUCAAUCAGCCGGAUGCGCAGUACAUCAACCUCACCUAUCUGCAGAAGCUGGAGCAGCUGUAUCGACACAACUGUUUCGAUGACAAGAAGUUCGAUCUGUUCAUCGGCCGGGUGUGGUGUCUGCUCAAGCGGUACCAGACCUUCCUGGGCAAUGCCCUGAAUUCCUCCCAGGAGGCGGAGCUCACCCAGGCGGCGUUGCCGGUGCCCGUGUUCGAGUGCCUACAUCGACACUUUGGCGUCAGCUUCGAGUGCUUUGCCUCGCCAUUCAACUCCUAUUUCCGGCAGUACUGCUCGGCGUUCGCCGACACGGAUGCCUAUUUCGGCUCCAGGGGCCCAUUUUUGGACUUUAAGCCCGUUUCCGGGUCCUUCCAAGUGAAUCCUCCUCAUUGCGAGGAACUGAUCGAGGCCUCUUUGCUGCACAUCGACAAACUGCUUACCGACACUAUGGAACCACUGAGCUUCAUUGUGUUUCUGCCGGAGUGGAAGAGCAUAUCCAAACUGGACGAUAGUAUGUACAAGCGUCGCUCCAUGGUGGUUUUGGGCAUGGCCCACGAGUACAGGCACGGCUACCAGCACAUGUUGCAAAAAUCCGAUGUGCUUAUCAAGUGCAUGCAGGGCACCCAGGUGGUGUGGCUCCAAAACAGCGCCGGCUAUGCGCGCUGGGGACCCAACGAAAAUCGCGUUGAGGCGCUUCGUGAGGCCUUUCGGCCGCAACGCGAUCGGGAGCGUGAACGAGCAGCAGCAGCGGCGGCAGCUGCUGGCGUAAACUCCAGCCAACAAUCGCCAGCGACACCUCCAUCGGGCGCUUCCACCGCUCCAACAACUAUCUCCAGUACGAAUAGUGGAGUCAACAGCAACAGCUCCUCCGCAGCCAUUACAACGAGCGCCAGCAGCAGUCCAUCGCCGGCUGCCACUUCGUCCUCGAUGUCGCCAUUGUCACCGCACACGCCCACCGGGAAUCCGCCGCCACAGUUUCCGCUGACCAUCAGCAACACGAGCAGCAGCAGCAAUCUAGUGGCUGCCUCGCCCACGAUGAGUGUGCAAAGCGAUUGCUCCUCGCCAUCGUCAUCGACUAUGUCCCUCUCGCCGGCUCCGGCCUCGGGAGGUUAUCCGGAUGGCGGGACAUCCGCGACAGCGGCAGCGGUGAGCAUAACGGCCACGGCGAGCACAUCGACGGCUGGAGCCGGAUCUGCCUUUGGCCAGGCCAACAGCAUCAGUAGUUCCGCCUCCACACAGGCGGUCAUCAAUUCAGCCGUCUAGAGGGGAUUCUUUUUAGGAUCCUUCAAUCCAUACAUGGGUCUAUUUUGUCCACACUAUCUGUGCACUUUUUGUUAGCAUAAAUUAGGGAUACAUAUGAGAAGGAAACAAACCAAUUGGGGUAAAUGUCACACGACCAGCCAUGUUACCAAUUUUAUGUCGAUUUUUAGUUUAAAUUUGCGGAAUCGGAAUCGAUAUUGUUGUUUUCGAUUGUUUUGGUAAAAAACAAUCUUAUCAAUUCCGUUUUCACACUUAUUGGAAUUACGAAACGCAAAAACACGCAACAUUUUGUUUUCCAUUUAAAAAACUGUUUUCAAAUUUACACACUGCUCAGGCAAUCCUAUUAAAUUUUGCUCACUCGGAAUCGAACAAAUUAUGCUCAUCCGUAUUGCAAUUUUUUUAAUUUCGUUUGCAGCAAACAUAACGCUUUAAAAUGCUUAAAAUGCAAUAUUUUGUUAUACAUACCUUCUAUUUUUUUUAUCAAAGUUUGCUUUUUUCAAAUUUAUACAUUGCUCGGCCCUCGGCAGCUGGUAUUGCCCCAAUCGCAAGAUAUAAUUAAUUGUAAAUAUGUUAUAUUUAAUUUGAAAUAGCUGAUAAAUCCCGGCCUGGCCGCUGUUUAUCUUACAAUAUGUAUACCCAAAAAACAAGGGCCCAGAUACCCCAAAAAAGACUAAUUAUGCAUACUUAGUAUGGGUAGGGUAUGGUUCUUUAUCCUUGUUUGAGGGUAUUUCGCAAUGGUUUUCCAUUCACAAAACGAAACAUCAAAUAAAAACACAUUAAAACGAACUAUGAAGCCCUUAACAAUCUUUUGUGAGACUAUUAACUUACUAGGAUAUAUAUAUAUACUUUAAAAGAAAAUAACGACAGAAAAUUAUUUAAUUACUAAAUUAUCGUAUGUACAAAUCGAUAAAAAUUAACGUAAGUAGCGAAGAAAGUUAAUUGAAGACGAAGCGAAAUACGGAAAGCGCAGAGAACCAAAUUUGUAAAAACAACAAAAUGAUAACUACGCACCGCACAAUAAAUAAAUUAAUUAAAAACCAUUUAGGAUCUGAGUGGGCUCUUUGAAGAGUUUGUAUUAAACUCAUUGAGGAGCCCCGCUUAGCAUAUUCUUAAAUCAAACUAAAGGGAAUUUAGCCAAUUUAUAGAAAGUAGCACUCGGCAAAAUUUUAAGCAACCAAUAAUCGUCUAAGUCGAAAUUAAUUAUCUAAAUCGAUAUGCUACCCCCACCCCGUAUGUACCGAUAAAAAAAAAAAACUACACAACAGCAUUUUUGCGCUUAUUAAACAGUUUCUUUAAAUUCAAACCUGUUAUUAUGUAAACAUUUUUAUUAUUACAUUAUAUAGACAUCGUAUCGCAUAAGUGUGUAUAUGUGAGUGUGUGUAUGUACUUUUGGAUAUGGAUUAGCUGUUGACUAUAAAAAAAACUUAAAUGCUAUAAA